AUGUCAGACCUGUUUGAGCGGGCGCGCCAGCGGCUCAGCGGCUCGUCGUCCGCGGUGCCGGAGAAGCUGCGCGACCUGUACAUGUCACACGGGCCGCGCGACGCCAGCGGCGGCAGCGGAAGCAUGUCUAGGCGCAUGACCGGCGCCGACGACGGCGCCGGGCCUGGCUCGUCAGCGCUAUCCAGCGGCGGCGAUAGCUCGGGCGACGACAGCCCCGGGGCGUCAAGCAGCGAUCUCGCGUCCAACGGAUCGCGGGACUUGGCGCACUCGCACAUGGUCUCGCACGCACGUGGCGGCUCGGACAACGCGGCCGCCGAUGCGGGCGCCGAGACCGGCUCCGGCGCGGACCCCGCGGCCAACGCAACAAACUAG